AUGAUUGCUUUAGUAUUCGACGAUUUGAUUGUGGAUAUUAUGUUACUCACUGAAACGAAAGAGAGUGAAUUUGAUGAUAGUGUUUGGCAUGAGCAUGGACUCGAUGAAAGCAUGUUACUGUUGCACAUUAAAAGUCCGAAGUCAACAUCUGUUUUUGAACCCUUCGUGGUUUUUGAAAUAGGAUUCAUUCUUGCUUCGAUUGAGGACGAACUCAACCGCCACAGAGACCGAAGUUCGGCCUUUACGGUAUUAACGCUUGCGAUCCGCUCUGGCGGAUCGCAAGCGACCAUCGUUACAAGGAGGGAACGACAAAAAUGGAAGAACAUCUCACAAAUAAGCACUGAAGAAGAAUCGAAGCAAAUAUAUUGGUCACGUGGCAAGGAGAAUGCGACUAAAUGGUGGAACUUCUCGCGAAUGAGGAAUGAAGAAGAAUCGAUCGUUGGAGAUGUUUCGCUUACGGGCAGACGAUAUAUCAAGUGGAAGAUCAACGAUGUCAUGUGA